AAUCUCAUGUUAUUCACAUAACAACCGUCGCGCCACACGUGCGCUUUAUUUAUUUAAUUAUUUUCUAUUUAUUUAUUUAUUUUAUUAAAUAAAAUGUUAAAAACAAUCGCUAUGUUUCUAUUGGCAUUAGCCGCAGUCUUCUGCCAGCAUCCUAAGGACUUCGAAUAUUACCACAUACUUCACUUACCCCACGACCCUCCCCUGUACCCCGUGUUCGAAAGAGCGCCUCCUACCCGCUUCACUUGCCAGGGACGGAGUAGAGGGUACUAUGCUGAUGUAGAUAGUGGAUGUCAGGCUUUCCAUUUUUGCUGGCGCCAUCGCAUCAUCACCACCGACUUGUGUAGCAACGGAACGCUGUUUAAUGAGCAAUUUCAGGUUUGCGAUCACUUUUACAACGUGCGCUGUGGAUCUCCUUAUGAAGAUUUGUGAUAAAAUGUAUACUUUGUUCCUUGAUAAAUUACAGUAGAAUAAUAAUAA